AUGGAUUCCUUGUCGCUCAACCGAGCAGCUCUUGACGAGUUCGUCACCACCCGAGUGACUCGUGAGAUGAUCACACACCUGGCACAGCAGGCAGCUCAGGUCAUUCGUUGUGAAUCGCAUGUGACGAAUACCCUCAGCCAGAAUGGACAGCCGACACCACCUUCCACUCCUCCCAUGGAGCCCUCCGACCUGCCUGCACUGCCGUCAAUUGAAGCCUUCAUCGCCUCCCUAGUCGCUCGAUCACAGGUGCAGGUGCCCACUCUCAUGAGUUGUCUUGUCUACCUCGGCCGUCUUCGUUCCCGCUUGCCUCCAGUCGCAAAGGGCAUGCGCUGCACCGUUCACCGCAUUUUCCUCGCCUCGCUCAUCCUCGCCGCUAAGAACCUCAACGACUCAAGCCCCAAGAACAAGCACUGGGCCCGAUACACCGCAGUGAAGGGAUUCGAGGGUUUCGGUUUCUCUCUCCCUGAGGUCAAUCUGAUGGAACGCCAGCUCCUGUUCCUCUUGGAUUGGGACCUGCGCAUUACUGAAGAUGACUUGUUCACUUACCUCGAGCCCUUUCUGGCUCCCCACCGCCAGCGUCUCAUAAUCAAAGAGCGGGAACGUGUUGCUGAAGAGGAGCACCGUCACAAGCAGCAGCAACAUCGCGAAUGGCGCCGUCUCCACGCAUCAGCAGAUCUACUCGCAAGUCGUCUCCGUCGCCAGAAGCUUGAGGCUCGCGGUGACAGCCGUCGCGCCAACGACAACUCUCUCCGCCGUCUUCCCAGCCAUGUCUCCUGCCCGACCAUGCACAACACAUACCAAACCCCACAGUCUGCCGCAGAACUUGAGCGUUACAAUCCUUACAACCGCCAACGUGCAUCACCCAGCCGAUCCAACCGCUCCGUCUCCCCGCCAUCCGUUCGCGAUGUGCCGGCUCUCUCCCACGCCGAGACAUUCAGUUCCCUUUGCUCGCGCUCUUCCAGUGUUGCACCCAGCUCAAGAGGCACCCCAGCUUCUAUCAGCACAAUCUCUUCUCACGGUACCGACGACGUCAUACUCAACGAUCCGAGCCGUAGCCCCUCGUCUGUUUCUUCCCUGAACUACAGCUACGUCAACGUCGCUCACCUGGAAGGCAAGAAACCCUUUGAGCCUCGCCGCCAGCCAUCCAAGAAGAUCAAGGUCAGCAACCACUCGCACGGCGGCGGAUUCGUGGCUCGAUUCCUAGCAUCUGCUACUGGUUCAUACAUGGGUGGUCGUCGCUCCCACUAA